AUGGACGUCGCUCUACCGCACGCUUCGUUGCUCACAUACUUUCGCCGUCCUACCGCUGCAGCAGAGCCAAAUACCAGCGAAGCGUCACCCCCUCCAUACAGCAACUGCAACGAUACGCAUUCAAAGCUUUUCGCCAUAACCCAAACUAGAGAAGUUGAAGACGAAGAAUCGCAAUGCGGCUUUCCAGAUGAAGGCACACCUUACCAUGACGAUGACGACAACAACAAUGCAUUCAAGAGCAUUGCAUUGCGCGACACCAGAAACAGCAAACAAAAUGUCUACGCUUUCUGUUGCUUCUGGUGCGCCUCAUCAGUCUGCGUCUUAAUCGCCUUCGGAAUCUUCUUCGCCCUCGAUCUUGGAUUCAGCCAAAUUGGAUACGGCACUGGUAUGGCACAGUGGAUGAUCCACGGGCCUGCGCGGCGAUCGAGCACACAGCACGAGAUGCGCUUCUGUCUCGCAACGCCUAAUCGCGAAGCCCCCGGCCCACAAACAUGGCGCUACAUCGCACCGAUGACGUACGACGACUGCGCGACUGAGAUCACGACUUUGCUGGCUAGCCCGUCUGAGUUCUGGAAGCUCCUUCCUGGCGAUGAGAUUUUGAUGGUCGAUGGUUCACAUCCUGAUAAUAGAGACGACGAGGAUCACAGGUACAUGCGCAUCUAG